GGGAAAGUAAGGCACGCCUCUGCGCUGUGUGAAUGCAGCAUGUUGCAGCUUGUGGGGGCAGGAUGUGAUUCACUUUAUGAUGGACCGGCCUGACAAAGGGCGUCCCACAAGGGAGCAGACAGAUAAGGGAGCAACACGCGAGGAGGAGAGGAAUAUUUUCAAUUUGACAUACAUCACAUCCUGCAAAGCAUGAAUAACUUGAGCGACACCUUCGGAAGCCCCGUGGCCAGAGACAAGGACCCUGAGGACGACAGCGUGGUGAGCAAUGACUUCUCCACCACGGUGGGCGCCGUCAUCCUCGGCCUGGUCUUCUUGUUGGGUGUCCCCGGCAACCUCUUCAUCGUGUGGAGCAUACUGGCCCGCGCCCGCCGCCGCUCUGUCACUACCCUGCUCAUCCUCAACCUGGCGUGCGCCGACGGCUUCCUCAUGGCGCUCACUAUCUUCUUCAUCGUCUACCUGGCCAAGCAGUCGUGGGUGUUUGGCACGGCAAUGUGCAAGGGCCUCUUCUACCUGUGCAACGUCAACAUGUACGCCUCCAUCUUCCUCAUCACUCUGAUGAGCGUGCACCGGCUGGUGGUGGUGGUCCUGCCCAGGAGGAUUUCGGCCAGGCUCAGCAGGAAGGCGGUGAGGCACGUCAUCCUGGGCAUGUGGCUGCUGGUGGCCGCCAUCGCCCUGCCCUCGUUGAUCUUCAGAGACGUGAGGGAAGACAAAGAUGACAGGAAUAAGACCAGGCUGGUGUGUGCUCCCAACCACACGCUGCCAACCUAUGUGAGGUUUCAGUACUCCUUCGAGACGGUGGCAGGCUUCAUCCUGCCCUAUGCUGUCAUCAUAACCAGCUACGUCCUCAUCCUGAGACGCCUGCGAAAUACCAGGUUCCGCCGGAAGGUGCGCAGCGAGAACCUCAUCCUGGCCAUCGUGGUCAUGUUCUGUCUCUUCUGGCUGCCCUAUCACGUCAUCAACAUGAUUCAGGUGGCAGCUGAGUGGUACAAGGAGGGAUCACCCACACGAGAAACAUUGCAGGACAUCUACCAGUUGAGUCGUGCGGUCACGUCGGCUCUGGCCUUCAUCAGCAGCUGUGCCAACCCUGUCCUGUACACCUUCGCUGGCAAGUCCUACAUCAAAAAGAAUGGCCUGGCCUUCAUGGCCCGUCUCUUUGAGGGAACGUCGCUGGACCAGACGGUCAACAAAAGGAGCCGGGCGGCGGAGAGGGGCAACAUCGACCUCUGCAAUGUGGACUCCAACACGGCCUCGUCAGGAGCGCAAAACGGGAAAUGAGACCUAAAAAUAACUGAAACGUGCUUCAAUGUGAGCACACUAAAAAUGAAACUGCAUGAGGAGCAUGGAGACUUUGGUUAUGGAACAAUAACCAAAUAAAACACUGACAUCGUUCUUUGUGGACUUGGAAUAACCAAGUCACUUCAUUAGAUGCAACAUAAGAGCCAUAUGAAAAUGUCUGCUUUCACCAAGAUAAUACCUCCUUUGACUGUAAUUAAAAAGCAAGCAUCUUUGUAAGGCAUGUUUGUUGCAGCUGUUGAAUUCUAAGUUUAUCUAAGGAAGUAACCACUUGGCAUACUAGCAUCAGUUUGGAUUUUUUUUUAUUUUUGGGGGUGUUGCUUGGAGGAAAAAUCCCUCAGCAGGAGCUUCAUGAAUUAUUCAACAUGCUUGUCUGUGUACACCGUAUGUUUGCAAAGGACAGUUUGUGUUGAAUAUUUAAACUGAAUUUGUCAGAAAAACUCACAAAGUACACUGCUCAAAAAAAUUAGAGGAACACUUCGAAAACACAUCAGAUCUAAACUGGCGGAAAAAUGAUCUUGAAUAUCUUUCCUGAUAAUAAGUGGGUGAUGUAUUAGUAAGAAAAUGAUGCCACAUAAUUUGAUAGAAAUGAAAAUGAUCACCCUAUAG